AUGGGGACGCACUUGGAACUAAUCUGGGAUGUCUUGAACACAAAGGACAGAGAGGAAUUGAGAGACGAGGAAGACUUCGGAAUUGAAGAUGUUAUCAAUAUAUUCACCACCAUGGAUCAAAAUCAUGAGAAAUCUUGUGCUCAAUCCUUUGACAAGCAGUUGAAGAUUUUGGGAUAUCUGCGGAAGAGUCUGCAGUUCUUGGAUGAUAUUCCAGAGGAGAAUUCAUUACAAGGGUUGAAUAUUGAAGGACACAUCGAUUGUUUUAUAGGCUUGGCUGAUAUAGUCAACAGUGAGGAGAGCUGUGAUAUAGACAAGACAGUUUUGGAAUCCAAACAAACACGAAAACAAAUCAUCAUGUUAUCAUUGAAUUGGCUUCCGACCGAAAACGAAAAGGAAAAAGAUCCUUUCAUGACAUCUCUUGGCCUGAUGGGCAACUUCAUCAUCAUGAAUGAAGAAAGAGACGACGGCUGUGCCAAAGCCGACAGCGGAGCCGCAGCCGAGAAAAACGAAAAGAUAGACGGCGUACGGAAACAUUCGUUCACGGAAAAACUCACCGGCGUAAAGAACGCAAGGGCGGAACACCGCUUGCAACAAAUCAAUGGUACUCUCAGUCGGGAGCAAGCGAGACAGUUACGUUUGAUACACGAUAAUAAGAGCGUACUCCGACAUGAGUUUAAACUAAUGCAGCAUGAUAAGAAAAAGAACACGCUGGAGACGAAAAAGCGUUCAAAUCCCCACUAUGACUUUUCAUUAGAAGAAGCCGGCGUGGCCAAGUCAGAACAGUAUUUAAAAGAGCCCGUCGAGGGUUGGUAUUUGCAGAAACAGAAUGCGAUACGUAGGCGUUCUGUUGGCGAUGCGACACAGGUGACGCCACUUGUGGCUAAAGCGCGAGAGACUUUGAAACAGAGUGAAAUGAUGAAGCAAUUGGAACAAUAUCGUACGGAGCAAGGGUUGUUUACAGCCACGCCUGAUCCUGGUUCCAGUGAAAAUAUCCAAAAUGUUGGAAAGAGACCACGUUCGAAAUCCGUCUCCUUAGAUUCACUGAGUCUGGUUUCGAGUGCUAAUUCGACAGGCAGGCAUCAGGAUAAAGUGUUCCGGAAGGAGAGCCCAAAUAUUCUCCCGUGGACCCCACGCAAUCCAACCAUUGACAUCAUCGUCACUGACCUUGAAACUAAUGAAGGUCAAAAGGUCGUUGCUUCUGGAAAACCUGUGGUGAAGGUUUCUGGUACGAAAUUUCAUGGUUAUAUUAAAGAUGAAAAGACAACAUUACAUAGCAUAUUGCAUAGGGAACAAAUGGUGGAAAAUGAAAGUCCACGGGGUAGCAGCAGGCUUACGAACAGUGCAAAAUCAGUGUCCAAGGUGACGUCACAACGAACGAUGAAUGGUGAAAUACCCACACCGCGUAUAUCAAACGGGAAGCCACACGUUAGCUUUAAAGUUAAGGAAAAUAAUCCCAACGGAGGAUUACAUAACAAUUUAAGGCGACAAUCUAUCGGCCAAGCUCGCCCACAUUCUGAUCUUCAGGCACGCAGACAAAGUACUGGGGGAAUGCCAUCAACUCGUCGCCCAGUCACUCAUGAGAUGCUGGUACGUGAAUCAACGGACAUCAAAAUACGCAUGAACAAGUUUUUCCGCAACUUGGAGAACACGAAAAGAGGUGUAUCAAACGAUGAAGAUGACGACGAAUCUGAUGUUUUCCCCAUCAUUCCCCAACUGAUCAAACACCAAGGACAUAUGUCUCAGCGCUAUUUAACCCCGACACCAGAAUUGCAGAAAACCUCACAGAGUUUUAAUAAGAGUACUUCGGUUGACAUGUCAGCUUUUGGAAGCAUAUCAGAUGGGGAUUCCAUCCCGGUGCCUAAAGAGGAAGGAAUGUAUGCAAUCAUCCUCAAUGAAAAAAACUAUGACGCAAACCCGGGACCGCAACGUAAGAUGUCUGCCGCAUCGAAAUGGACAUUCAUGUUAAAUAAAGUCACCGAGAAUUCAGCACAACGAGAUCAAACACCGCCAACUCCAGAUAAUAAUCGGCGAAGUUCUAUAAUUAGUUUGACAGGGAGUGAAAUCUCCAACUGUUCAGGGGGUGGGGGCCGCCGGCGCAGCAGUAUAGGAAUACCCACCCACUCAAUGGAGCGAUCGAACCGCCAUUCCGCAACCUUCAAACUCCGUAAAUUAGUUGGUGAACUCAUGAAGCAGAAGACACGGUAUGAACUGAAUGAGGUGGAGGAAGUAAAAAGAAAACUGUCCGAGGACUCCCAGGACCAAAUUUCUAGGUCACGGACAGAAAGCAUGACAACUGAGGGAACAGCAGAACAUGUAGAUUAGUAGGAUAAACCUAGAGCUAGAAUUCAAGGCUUAACUAAUCACCAAAAGCUUGAUAGCAGCAAAAGAGGGCUGCUUUAGAAGGACUGACCAUCGGUAUACAUUAUAAUGCCUCAUCUGAAUUUGAGAACAAGACGAAACUUGUUGUUGUCUAAAUUCGAUCUUCUUUAUUUCAGUGAAACAACACAUGCACUGUAUAUUAUUUGCAAUAAAACA